UCUGUGCGGCCGGGCUCUGGGACGCACGUGUCGCGAGGUGUCCUGGGCUGCGGCGAGAGUGCCGUGUCGCGUGGACGGGGUCUCGGACUCUUUCGGGCCACAUCGAGGGCGCUGCGGGUUGAGCCUGGAGGUCUAGUGCGGGGAGGGUGGAGGCGCUUAGGCGGCGAUUCCUUCCACCAGGUCUGUCUUCUAGCUGAGGGGUUACCCACCAUCAUCCCAUCUUGGUGGCUUCUCCAGCUGUCCUGCUGCCCAGCUUUCCCUCCUGGUAAGGGCGGAGGAGCUGCCUGUUGGUAGGGAGCACAGCUCAGCGUCCUGUGCUUGUGAAGCAGUGGCUUCCUUAAUCUCCAUGCUGUGGCCAUGGCUGAGAGAGUGCUGGCACCCACCCAGAUGGGCCGGGGAGACCGCUACUAUACAUAUACUGAGCUCCUGGCCAUUUCUCGGCGCUUCAAGCAGAACCCCAACGAGCUUAUGAUCACCUGGAUCCUGCGGGUGUAUGACCAGGGGGGCCCAGCUCUGUCCUUGAAUUCCGGGGAGCUGGCACUGCUGGGUGACCUAACCCAUGAUGCCAUCUUCAACUACCACUGCAAGACGCUGCGGGGUGGCUGUAAGACGCUGCUCACCUGGCUACUACAGGCCUGGCGCCAGCGCUGGGAAUCCUUCCUGCACUUUGAGGCCACUGAACUGCCUUUCCGUCCCUGGACCACUAUGGAGGAGGGCAUCCAGCUGGUGCGUGAGCUGGGCAUGCUCGACUGGAUCUACCGCGAGCUGCCUUCGCCACUCUCACCUCCUGAGCCCGAAUAUGCAGCACCAGAGGACGUGCCUUUCACUCAGGGCCUGCAGAGACGCCUGCUUACAGCUGCGCCCUCAGAACUGCGGCUCUCACUGGUCAGCCUGCUGGUCAAGGGCAUGACCGUGCUGGAGGCCGUGAUGGAGAUCCAGACAAUUGCUGAUGUAGGUUUGCUGUGGCGCCAGAGCCAGCCAGGCCGUGCCAAGCUCAUGCUGGGGCCUAACCCCACACGCAAGGACCUCACUGGCUGGCUACUCAGCCAUGGGGUGCCCAGGGAGAGAGUGGAUAAGCAGCCCACCAAGGUCCUCCUGGAGCUGUACAUCAAAGAGGCCAAGCGCAGCCGCAGCCAGCCAGUCUAUGGGCUAGGAGAGGAGCAGCCGCCUCCACCUCCCUACUCUGACCAGGCCUGUGGGGAGGAGCCGCCCAUACGCCAUGACUAGCCCCUUCCAGUAAGUGGGGUGAGAGGCCAAACUCCAGAAGAGCUGCUUUCAGCCCAGAGUUCAGGGAGGACCUUUGCCUACACCUUUCCCAUGUAACUCAAGCAGUUGUAGGUCAUGUUCAGAGACCCUUAAAAAGAAAGGGGUGUCUUGUCCCUGGCUACUCCAGUUGCAGAGAUGUUAAGGGAGUAGCUACAAAAACAGCCACUUGCCCAAUUGGGCCUUGGAGUGGGUUGUGCCAACUUAUCUUGGCCUGGCUGCAGGGUGAUUGGGCACAGUAGUGGACUCACCCUCUGCCAUUUGAGCCCAAAAGCACUAGGGGCCAAUUGAAUACCCCAUAGCCUAUAAUACCUGGCAUCUUGUUUUUACUUUUUUUAGGUUUUAGAGGCAAUAUUUUUACUUAAUAUGUUAAGCAUGUAUGACAUUUUGGUUUUAGUGAAGGUCAUUGCCUUUUCUAACUAUUGUAAUGCUUCCAUUUUAAGGUGUGCUUUGCUGAGUGCCUCCCAGGGAGGGGCAGCCAUCCCUCCAGGUGGGUCUGGUUUCUCAAAUUUGUACAUCUGGCCUUGGGCCGGUGUCUGAGGUAGGUUUAGGGGGAUCUGAACCAGGAUCACAGGUUUGGGGACAGCUGGUGGUGCUGUUUUCACAGGUACCCAAUAAAUGGUACGCAUAUCA